ACGCCUAAAAAGAAAAUGAAGCGACAUUAUCAUCUGAAAUCGGAAGUGGUGUACGAGUGCAGCACAUCAUUUACAGCAACAAUCAAUCAAACUAAAAUUGCGCGCCAACGAUCUCCAUACAGCAUUCGCACAAACAGACUCACUUGGCCACAUCGAGUGAAUAGCGCAAUCGAGUAUCAAGAAGCAAAAGGAGAACAACCUCAAACGCAAACUCAGAAGCGUUCAACUAUUACAGAAACAAGAAAACUACCUGAAAGCGUCAAUAGCGAUAACAAUAACAACGAAAAAAUGGCUGAAGUUGAAGUAGAGCAAAUAGUUGAAGUCACAGAUGAAGUGAGCAAGGAUAAGGAGGAGGACGAAGUCGAGGAUCAACCACGAAGGAUGCUUGCACCAACGGGUCUCGACAAAGAAUCCAUACGUGAGGCUUACGAGGAUGUGCGCUCCGAUCAAACAGAUACCGAUUGGGCUGUCUUCAAGUUCCAAAACUCCACCAUAACGUGCACAGCACGCGGUCAAGGCUUCGCCGAAUUCCGCGAACAAUUCGGCGAGAACGACCGCGCAUUCGGUUACAUCCGCAUACAAAUGGGCGAUGAGAUGUCGAAGCGGCAAAAAUUCGUCUUCCUGACGUGGAUCGGACAAUAUGUCGGCGUGUUACCGCGUGCCAAAAUGUCCACGGACAAGGCGCUCAUACGUGAGGUGCUAAGCAAUUUCGCUGUGGAGUUAUAUGCGGGCGUUGACGACGAACUGGACAUUGAACUUUUCCGUGGUGCCUUGGAACGCGCGGGUGGCGCUAACUACGGCACUGGUGUUUAAAAAAUUGAGACGUGACAACGCAUCAACGAGUCCCUGAUUAGUCAUUAAGCUUAUUGAUUACAACAACUUAUAUAUACAUACAUACAUAUUAACAUGCAUAUUUAAGACAUUUGGAAAGACGUUUAUGUAUUGUCCAGCAAGCACAUGCAUAUGUAUUUUGUGAAAUUACUUACAUACAUACAUACAUACUUAUGUAUACUUACUAUAAAAACAAAUACAAAUACAUAGCAAUUUUGUAAAGUCCAAUGAACAGUUUUAACCAAAAUCCAUAUUGAGAAAAAAUCAUAAAUAUCUAUGUAUGUGAUUAUAUUUGUAAAAAAAAACAUGCAAAUAAAAAUUACAAAACGAAAACAAUGAAAGAA